AAAAUCUGACAACAAACAUAUAUUCUUACUUUAUAUGUAUAUUCAAUUUCUUUUAUAGGAAAACAACUAUAUUCAAUUCGUGUAACUAAAUUAUUCGUCGUUGUCAAUUGAAGAAGACACCAAAUCGCAUAAUGGAUAAGCCCUUGUGUCAAUGCACAAAUAAGAAUUACUGUCGAAAGCCUCAAACGAAACCAGAUAAGUCUGAAAAGGAGAAGGAAAAAGAAAAGGAAAGAGAACGAGAACGGGAAAGAGGGAAAGAAAAGGACAAGAAGGCGAAAUCACCACUACUGGAAAAGAAGCCAUCGAUAAAUAUCAGGGAGAAAACGGAGGAACUGGAGUAUGUCCCCACAAUGCGACUGGAUGGCACGACAAACACUUCCUUCAUCAGUGACACUUCGAUUCACACAUCGGAACAAGCCACACAAGGAUCCACGGUCAGGAUGCGUGAGACUUUCGAAUCGAGGCGCUUCACCUCACGAUCGGUGACAUUAGUUGAGUCCCGAGAGCCCGACUAUCAAGAAGGUCGUGUGUUUGGUGUCUCUGGCCCUGUGGUCAAUGCGGAGAAGAUGGCCGGCUCUGCGAUGUAUGAGUUGGUGCGUGUGGGACACUUUCAUCUGGUGGGCGAGAUCAUACGCUUGGAGGGCGAUAUGGCCACUAUACAAGUGUACGAGGAAACCUCUGGCGUCAGCGUGGGCGAUCCUGUCUAUCAAACGGGAAAACCUCUAUCCGUGGAGCUGGGUCCUGGCAUCAUGGGCAGCAUUUUCGAUGGUAUUCAGCGACCAUUGCGCGCAAUUAGCGAGCUGACCAAUUCCAUCUAUGUACCCAAAGGCGUCGAUAUAAAGAGUCUGUCGCGUACCACUAAUUAUCCAUUUGAGCCGGCUAAGUUAAAAAUCGGUGAUCUCAUCACUGGCGGUGAUAUCUAUGGCUAUGUGAAGGAGAAUUGCAUGGUGGAGCAUCGCUUGAUGCUUCAACCUCGUGCGCAGGGCAGAAUCACCUGGAUUGCACCACCUGGCGAUUACAAUGUGGAUGAAGUCGUUAUCGAAACGGAAUUCGAUGAUCAUGUCACCACUCAUUCCAUGCUGCAGGUGUGGCCAGUGCGUAAAUGUCGUCCAGUUGUUGAGAAACUGCCCGGCGUCAAUCCGCUGCUAACUGGCCAACGUGUGCUUGAUGCCUUUUUCCCCUGUGUCCAAGGUGGCACCACAGCCAUUCCAGGUGCCUUUGGCUGCGGAAAAACUGUCAUCUCCCAGACGUUAUCAAAGUACUCAAAUUCCGAUGUUAUCGUCUACGUUGGUUGCGGCGAACGUGGCAAUGAGAUGUCCGAGGUACUGCGUGAUUUUCCCGAGCUUACCAUCGAAAUUAAUGGUACCCAGGAGACGAUCAUGAAGCGCACAGCGCUGGUGGCCAACACCUCUAACAUGCCGGUGGCUGCUCGAGAAGCUUCCAUCUACACUGGCAUCACGAUAUCCGAGUACUUUCGUGACAUGGGCUACCACGUCUCUAUGAUGGCGGACUCCACCUCCCGUUGGGCUGAGGCAUUAGAGAUCUCUGGCCGACUCGCUGAGAUGCCUGCCGAUGCCGGCUAUCCCGCCUAUCUGGGUGCUCGUCUUGCUUCCUUCUACGAGCGUGCUGGUCUCACCAAAUGCCUGGGCAGCCCGGAUCGCGAGGGAUCCGUGUCGAUUGUAGGUGCUGUGUCGCCUCCCGGUGGUGAUUUCUCUGAUCCCGUCACCUCUGCCACGCUGAGCAUUGUGCAAGUGUUCUGGGGUCUCGACAAGAAGUUGGCGCAACGCAAGCACUUUCCCUCGGUCAAUUGGCUGCAAUCGUACUCCAAAUACAUCCGUGCUCUCGAUAACUACUACGAGGAGGAGAGUCCCGAAUUUGUAGAGCUGCGUGCCCUGGCCAAGCAGGUGCUGCAAGAGGAGGAGGACUUGGCCGAAAUCGUGCAGCUGGUGGGAAAAACAUCGCUCAAUGAAUCCGACAAAAUUACGCUCGAGGUGGCUCGAAUGCUGAAGGAUGAUUUCCUGCAGCAGAACUCGUACAGCGUCUACGAUUGCUACUGUCCCUUCUACAAGACAGUGGGCAUGCUGAAGAACAUGAUGGCGUUCUACAGUUCUGCUCUGCAGGCCGUGGAACACACAGCUGGGCAGGAGGCUCACGUCACCUGGGGCCUUAUCCGUGAACGCUGCGCCCAAAUGCUUUAUGAAUUGGGCACCAUGAAGUUCCUUAAUCCCAAAGACGGCAGGAAAGCCGUUGAGGAGAAGCUGGAGCAACUAUAUAAUGUUGUUAUCAAAUCUCUACAGGAUCUCGAAGAAAAUGUUGCGUCCUAUGUUUAAUUGACUAAGAAGAAUGUAAUGCUCUUAGAAAUCGAUUGUAAUAAUUUAGUGUAACUUUCUAUUAUUGUGUAUUAUUGAAGUAAUAUUGUUCGAUAUCCAAAAAACAAAUUAAGCUAUAAAUAUU